AUGAAGGUCAUACCGUUUGUAGCUUCUAUUUGGGCUACCCUUAUAGCGGCAGCGCCGCCUACUCCACGAUCUCCACAGGACAAAAAGGAUCCUGCGGUGCUCGACUUUCACGCCCUACGAGAUUUUGAUAAGCCGAAGGGUAACACAAACCAGUACCACAACUGGUACGAUAACAUAUUUGAGGAUCAUUGGGGAGAUCGCCUUGACAUUGGAUACACUCAGUUCGUCGAAAACACGCUUAGCAAGGGCUGGAAUACUACAGAGAUAUAUUUAAAAGGGGAAUAUUGCAAAGAAGAAGUCACGCCUGUUGAUCCUGACCCUGAUUUCGCAAAGAACCCUCUGAACAGGAUUAUAGCGACACCAAUGUUCUGUGCUCGUGGAAUUAUGGUGUUGUUGCAGUACGAUCCGACAUUGGCGACACCGGCGGGUGCGAAGGAGGAUCGGAGUGUCCCUUGCAGAGCUUAUGCGCUCAGAGCUUAUGAGCUUGCUGCCGCCAUUGAUAAUAAAUAUAAGGAUGGUGAUGGAGUCUUUGAUCCAAUGUUCAGAGGUCGAAAAGCCAUUCCGGCCGCCCCCGAAAACUUGGCUGGCAAAGUUUACGAUGAAGUGGUCGCAUUCAAAUGGCAGUCUUUCAAUGAAGUGAAUAUACGGAUUAUUGGGAGAACUCGUUGGAGUCAGGACCAAAGCGAAUGGAUUGUGCUGGCAGUCCUCGAAAAUAGUACAGAAAACUGUCCGUUUCGGGUUGACUCAUUCGUUGCCUCACCUUAA